GAAGCCCCUGCUACUGAGGAACCGGUGUGUGUGAUGUUAGACAUGCCAAUCCAUAUGACUGUUGAUAGAAAAUUCUUCUCUGACCUCAUUGCUCCACAGGAAUGGUUGAGCAGUAUGCACAUUGAUGCCCUAACUAACUUGUUGAUGAGCCAAAGAUUUCAAGAUCAACAGUGUCAAAUAAUUUCCAUGUUCUUCGUGAAUCUAUUGAAGAAGAAGAGAUUUGACAAGCCAGAAGAUUGGAGUGGAGACAGAUUCUUGAAACGUAUUGACUGGCGUGGGUUGUCAAAGGUAUUAAUUCCGUUGAAUGUUGAAAAUAAACACUGGAUCUUGUGUGAGGUGAAUUUGGAGGAGGUCGUGGUUAAAGUUUAUGAUUCCUUGAAGACUUCCCG